UCGAUCCGCCCACCAAUACUAGUUAUAAGUAGUAGCUGGUUGUUUUUGCUUUAGACUCAGUUUGUCGCGAACUCGGGCUUUUAUCGCGUCAGCCUCUAACCUCGCGGGGGGAGUUGGCGUUAGUUGGAGAUGUUUAGUCGUAAAAAGCGCUGGUAGCAGACAAGAGACCGCAAAACUGUCCGGAAAACUCGCAGUUACCAGUUUUCGUCACUUUGAACCACUUGUGGAUCUAGAAGAUGGCAUCGAGAGGAGGAGGCUUCACGGCUCCUCCGAUGAAUCCCAACAUGAGCCCCAUGAACGCCGGACUCCCUGCGGGCUUGAGGAUGCCAGGAGUCCCGCAGCCUCCGGGCGGAUACCCCCGCAGCAUGAGCAGCGUCCCCCACUACCCCCAGCGUUCGGGGAUGCCGUCCAGCAGGGUGGGGGGCCCCAUGGGGUCGAUGGUGGGGCAGCUACCAGGCCCCUCGUAUGGGGGUGGUAACAUCGCCAUGAGGCCAGGGAUGGGUCCUCCGGGCAUGGACGCGUCAAGGAAGCGUUUUCUUCACCAGCAGCAACAGCAUCAUCAUCAUCAACAACAGCAGCAGCAGCAGCAGCAGCAACAACAACAAGAGGCUCUGGGAAGUCUCAGACGGGGGGCAAAAAGACGCAAGAUGGCCGACAAAGUUCUGCCGCAGAGGAUCCGAGACCUGGUCCCGGAGUCCCAGGCCUACAUGGACCUGCUGGCCUUCGAGAGGAAGCUGGACCAGACCAUCGCACGCAAGCGCAUGGAGAUUCAGGAGGCCAUCAAGAAGCCCAUCAUGCAAAAGCGCAAACUGAGGAUCUACAUCUCCAACACCUACACGCCCAGUAAACCUGAGGGCGAGGAGGCCGAGAAGGUGUCGUCCUGGGAGCUGAGAGUGGAAGGCAAACUUCUGGAGGAGCCUGGCAAGCAGAAGAGGAAGUUCUCGUCUUUCUUCAAAAGCCUGGUGAUUGAGCUGGACAAGGAGCUGUAUGGUCCUGACAAUCACUUAGUAGAGUGGCACAGGAUGCCGACCACUCAGGAGACGGACGGUUUCCAGGUCAAAAGACCCGGAGACGUGAACGUUAAAUGCACCCUCCUGCUCAUGCUCGACCACCAGCCGCCCCAGUACAAGCUGGACCCUCGUCUGGCUCGUCUCCUCGGCGUCCACACGCAGACACGGGCCAGCAUCAUGCAGGCUCUCUGGCUCUACAUCAAGAACAACAAGCUGCAGGACAGUCACGAGAAGGAGUUCAUCAACUGCAACCGCUACUUCAGACAGAUCUUUGGUUGUCCACGCAUGAGAUUCUCUGACAUCCCCAUGAAACUGGCCGGUCUGCUGCAGCACCCAGACCCCAUCAUCAUCAAUCACAUGAUUAGCGUGGACCCCACGGACCAGAAGAAGACGGCGUGCUACGACAUCGACGUGGAGGUGGACGACCCUCUGAAGGGCCAGAUGAACAGCUUCCUGUCCUCCACCACCAACCAGCAGGAGAUCGCUGCGCUGGAGAUGAAGAUUCAUGAAACGAUCGAGUACAUUAACCAGCUGAAGACUGAGAGAGACUUCAUGCUGAGCUUCAGCAACAACCCACAGGACUUCAUCCAGGACUGGCUGAAGUCUCAGUGCAGAGACCUGAAGCUGAUGACGGAUGUGACGGGAAAUCCCGAGGAGGAGCGGAGGACCGAGUUCUACCAGGAGCCCUGGGUCCCGGAGGCCGUGGGCCGAUACGUUUACUCCAAGGUGCAGCAGAGGCGACAGGAGCUGGAGCAGGUGUUGGGCAUCCGCCUCACCUGAACACGCGCUCUUCAGUUUACUCAUCAAACCAUGUUCUGCCAACACACAACUGGAACGUCGCAGCUUCAAUGUUCACAAAGCCAUUCUCACGAUGGGACCAAAGUCAUGAUUUAUACGUCAGUAGGAAGACGUUUGCCUCGUCUGUCGUUUUGAGCCUGUUCAUAUAUAAUCUUUGCUUGUUUUUUUGUUUUUUUUUGCAAUAUUUUGAAAUGGUACAAAAUGCUUAAAAAUAAGUUUAAGCACUGGUGCUGUUUUAUGUUUUAUUUCUUUCAGUUUACCUUCACUUUAAAAGCCAUAACCUUCGGAGGGAACGGUGCCUGAUGUGUCUGUACAUAGAUAUUCAUAAUUAAUAGUUUUUAUACCAAAAUAUUUUAAUUAUAGUCUUAAAAAGAAGGAGACGCGGGAAGAAGCGUAAAUGUCUUAUAAUUGGAUGGAAGAUGAUACAAAAACUUUCCAUGUUCAGGUGCCUUUGUUUUUAUACUGGUGGGGAUAUACGUUGACAUAUUUACUAUUUGAGAAGAGAGCAGGGUUUCUGAGAAAGCUCCACUCUGGGAAAUGAUUAAACUCCUUUAUUCAUAUGUUUUUUUGUGUGUGUUUGUACAGGGAUGAAUCCACUCUGUUUGUUUUUUUGUACUUUUUAUCAAUGUUUACAUGUUGUUUUCACUUGUUUUAAUAUCAGGAAGAGGAUGAGGAAGGCAUUGUGGGUUGAAGGGAUCAAUACCCGCCGAGAAGAUUAACCAUUAUUCAUAUAAAAAAAUAAAUAAAAAUAGGAAUUCAUCUGUAAUGUGUUGAUUAAACUAAAUGCCAGACUGUUGAGUGAGGUCCCUAGUUCAUGGGUUAAAUGUAAGUGCUAUAUGUAAAGACUCUGAGUCUGUUUGAAACAUUCCACAGAAAUUGUUUUGCCAAAAUGUGUUUGAUGCCACUAGGAUUUAAAACAGCUGUUUUUUUUUUUACAUAUAUAUAUCUUCUUUGUAAAAUGUUUGCAUGUUCUGUAUCAGUCAAAUCUUUUAUACAUUUGAAGUAUUUUUUACAAUAAAUAUACUUGCAAAUGUU